CCUCCCGGGUGUAGUGGCUGUUGUCGGGCAGCCGGCGGCUCAGUGCGGGCAGCGCUUGGGGAUCGUUCCUUCCUCUUCCCUUUAUUUCCCCUCAGGAUUCGAUUCUUCCCUUCCUCGCCCCCGUCCCGACACUCUCCCCCCCUUCCCUCUGCAGCGGAUGGGAUUGUAGCAGCGGGUGACUUCGGCGGCGGCCGCCCCCAUGUUUUCCCCCAGCCAGGAGGAGCACUGCGCGCCUAACAAGGAACCCGUCAAGUACGGGGAGCUGGUGGUGCUGGGGUAUAAUGGAUCCCUCCCUAAUGGUGACAGAGGGCGCAGGAAAAGCAGAUUUGCCCUUUACAAACGCCCUAAGGCAAAUGGAGUGAAGCCCAGCACUGUUCAUGUGAUUUCUACUCCCCAAGCAUCAAAGGCAAUCAGCUGUAAAGGUCAGCACAGUAUCUCUUACACAUUAUCCAGAAACCAGACUGUUGUAGUGGAAUAUACUCAUGAUAAAGACACAGACAUGUUUCAGGUUGGGAGGUCCACAGAAAGCCCCAUAGACUUUGUAGUAACAGAUACUAUUUCUGGAAGUCAAAAUAAUGAUGAGACCCAGAUCACCCAAAGCACCAUAUCCCGUUUUGCCUGCAGGAUUGUGUGUGACAGGAGCCCACCUUACACAGCAAGGAUUUUUGCAGCUGGCUUUGACUCUUCUAAAAAUAUAUUUCUUGGUGAAAAAGCAGCAAAAUGGAAAAAUCCUGAUGGCCACAUGGAUGGAUUGACAACUAAUGGGGUUCUGGUCAUGCAUCCAAAAGGAGGAUUCACUGAGGAGUCCAAACCUGGAGUCUGGAGGGAGAUCUCUGUCUGUGGUGAUGUGUACACACUCCGGGAAACCAGAUCUGCUCAACAAAGGGGAAAACUGGUAGAAAAUGAGACCAACAUCCUCCAGGAUGGUUCCCUCAUCGACCUGUGUGGAGCCACCCUUCUCUGGAGGACAGCAGACGGGCUUUUCCACACCCCGACUCAGAAGCACAUCGAAGCCCUGCGGCAGGAGAUCAACGCCGCCAGACCCCAGUGCCCCGUGGGCUUGAACACUUUGGCUUUUCCCAGCAUCAACCGUAAGGACGUGGUGGAAGAGAAGCAGCCCUGGGCCUACCUCAGCUGUGGCCACGUCCAUGGCUAUCACAACUGGGGACACCGUAGUGACACGGAGGCCAACGAGAGGGAAUGUCCCAUGUGCAGAACCGUUGGGCCCUACGUGCCCCUCUGGCUGGGUUGCGAAGCGGGUUUUUACGUGGACGCUGGCCCCCCCACUCAUGCUUUCACCCCCUGUGGACACGUCUGCUCUGAAAAGUCUGCAAAAUACUGGUCCCAGAUCCCACUGCCUCACGGGACUCACGCCUUCCACGCUGCCUGCCCCUUCUGUGCAACACAGCUGAGUGGGGAGCACAACUGCAUCAAGCUCAUUUUUCAGGGGCCGGUUGACUGAUGGAAGGCUUUGCCACAAUAAAGUUUUUCUUGAACUUACUGUGAAGA